UUUGAAUUUGCGCGCUCACUACAGACUAUAAUCAUCUCACGGAUGCGAAACUGAGUACCGUUUCUCAAAUCGAUCGUAUCGAAUCACGUUUCAAGCUGAUUUAGCAUAUCGAAAAGCAGACAGUAGUCAGUUAGGUUCGGCAGUUAGUGAGCAGCCUGUGCGUUUGUGGUGGAGACAGCAACAAAGGAAUUAGAAAUUCGGUUCGUUUGAUCCGUUGGACGGAACAGGCCAACAAAAACAUACCGCCCUUUCGGGUGGUGGAAACCUGACCCACCGAGAGCCACUGACUGGCACCCGUUGCCGUGGAAUAAUUUGCGCGCUAUUUUGCCGUUGCUGGCGGUGUGUGUGGCACGUGGAGUUUUGAAUGCGCAAAGUGAAUUUGGUUAUGCUUCGGCAAGAUUGGUCGGGAAAAAAAGGCUUGAGCUUCGCGAAACGAGAGUGAAUGUGGAAUAUGGCGAUGAUAAUAAUACAAGAGGUAUUAAUUAUUGCAGCAAUUGGAGUGUGAUUCGUAACAUUGUGGGUGAAUUUACUGUACGGCCUGGGGGAGUAGAGGAGGUUGCAGAAGAUAAUCAAAAGUGAAUACUGCACAAACAGCCUUCGGGGUGGCCUUGUGGGCAAUCGAGUGUACCUGUAGGAGGAAAGCGAGAAGCAAGUGCUAUGUUGAAAAUGCAAUUUCACUGCAAUUUCGAGUGAGCGGGAAACAGGAUCUGAAAGCCUUUGUUGUUGUUUUUGUUGUUUGAGUUUCAUAGUGCAACCUCGCUAUUUUUACCGUGCUGUCGUGAUUUCAUUCAAAGUGCCAAGGGAAGAUGGAAGUGUUUAACAGGAUGAAACUCGUGCUGGCACUAGUGGCGCUAGUACUUUCGGUGAUGAACAGAUGUUCCUUUGCCGAACCGGAACUGACGGCUUCGGUGUCGACGGGUGGCUCAGCAGCACAGCGGCACUCGUCGGAGGGUGCUGCAUCCGUUCAGCAGCCAGAGGAUCGAGCAGAAGAGGAGGGCUUGAAGGAUGUUGCCGUGUCGGAAAUUGUUCAACCACCACAGGCCCUCCAUCUGACGACACUGGUGCCGAUUGGAAUGCCUUCGCAACCUUUGGAUGAAGAAACUUUUUCGUUGGCACCGAACGAUGGCUUUGAUGGUCGCAGGCGCCGUCGGCUUGGCAGAAAACGAAAGCGAAGACCACUGCAAGAUGACUACUGGCAGGGAAGUCCUCGGGAUGAGGAACCAGAAGUAUUCUACCGUGGUGGCGCCGCAGAUCAAGAAGUAACAUUCACACCACCCGAUCGAAAGCGGACCUAUCCACGUUGGGAUGCUAGCAACGGUGGAGCCAUUUUACGACAAAGACCCGACCGAUGGGCCAAUCCCUACAGUGAUGCAGUGAGCCCACAGUUUUCAACUAGCAGCGAUCCACCGUCUCGUCCACGACCGUACGAAACGACCAACAGAGGCAGAGAGAAUUUUCCACCUAUUGACGGCAAUAGGCAAAGAAGACUCCCCCGACCGGAGGAAAUCGCAACUACAACCUCCGGUUAUAAAGCCAAUCGAAAACCAUACUCACAAGCGAAACGAAACGAAGAGGACGGUGGAUCGUCCGGUGAGACUGGUAAGGGUGCCGCAGCCGAUCUCAAAACUCUACUCAAACAAUCCGGUGGCCUUAGCCUCAGUGAGAUUCUCCAGCAACGAAAUAUUUCUCUUCAAGAUCUAAUCAAAGGCAAACAGAUGGCUUUAGCCGCAUUAACUCAGAGUCCACUGGAUUCUCAAACUAUUACCGAAGCCGAAAAUGACAUCACUUCAAUAAUACCUACCUUGUCCAGCGUUAAGGUCCGAAUGCAAGAGGAAACCACUGCCAAACCAGACUUCAGUGACAUAAAAACCAUCAAACGGAUUCCUGUAUAUUCACCAUCCGCGGCACCAAUGGUCGCAACAGAGAUUCCAACAACCAUUUCUUCAACUACUACGACCACUGAAUCUACACCAUCUGCCCACGAUGAAACCAAUUCGGUCGAAGACAUCAUCACCCUGGAUAACCUCGGAACUGGCAAUGAUAACGUCGCCAUCUUUCCCACGGUUGAAAUCAAACAGCUCGCCCUGAACCCGGUAUUACCAACGGUUAAAGAAGAACGCCUACGACCCAUCAAGGGAGUCGCCUCACGCAUACGACCCGACCUAAGCAAUUCCAACAUCCGCACUGAAGAGAUAUUCUCCGCAACCAAGAAACGCUACGAAAAUGCUAAAUCAUUUGCCACGGCUGAAUCGUGGCAUUCAUCUACCGCCAGUCCCAUAUCCGUCACUGGAUCAACAGUACGCGAAAGGUGGACUCCAUCACCAGGAUUGUACGAAAAACGAGAACAGUUCUUGCAGAAACUCAAUCAGAAUAAAGUACGAAAUCGACCUUCUUCAACGGCCUCAACCGAAACUCAUAGUGAAAAUCCGGAGGAGCAACCCGACGCUCCCGAGCAGGAAACAUCAGUUCAAACUUCCUCCGAACGAACUCUGAUGCGUGUUCCGGCCGCAAGGAAUCGGCUCUCAAUAAAACCAAAACUGAGAACUUCACCACCAUCUCCUCCACCAGUUCCCCCUCAAGCACAGUCCACCGAAAGCCACAGUCUCGCCGACGUGGAGUUCCACGACGAAGCGGAAAACGUCACCAAACUGCUCGAAACCGAAGAGCCCGAGCUGAACAUCAUCGAGAAGUUCACCUCCUUCGAGGAUACAAAAACAAGCAGCGAACCACAGUCUGCGAUCAGUUCGUCCGACCCAGCCACCAACGAGGGUGAGCUUCCUGUACCCAGUGAAGAUGAUGUGAUCGAGCGCAUUAACCAAAACACGCAACGUUCGUUUACGGACAGCCUGGAAGACUACUUUCGCGAUGUGACGGAAAGCAAUCCUUCACUGUUCAACGACCUUGGACCGAUCACACUGUCCGACGAUAAACGGGAGAUCUUGGAGUUGAUGGAAGAUCGCCGGAUAGGAGCUCGGCUGGCAAAGGUUCUGUCCCAGCGAAACAUGACACUCGAUGAACUGCUGGAACACAGAAAGCGAGGUUCCAGCCAGCUGCACCUGUCGGAGAUUAUCAACAGCAAGGUUAAACCGAUCGAGGAAAAAAUGGAUAUCGUGACGGCAUUUGAACACUUCCCUCGAUUCAACAUCGGAAAUCUACGCAGUAUUCGACCGGAUGACAUCAAACAAGAUUCGCAAGGUUUCAGUUAUUUCACGUCGAUUAUAAACAUUCGACCAACGGAUGAAAUCUACAAGGAAGGACGAUCCAUGCAGGAUGAUCGUCAUCGAGAGCACAAGUUUCUCGACUGGAAGCAGCAACCGCACUCCCAUACCGCAAAUCACAAAAUGGAUGGCGUUCAUUUUUUAGGUAACGGCGGAACGAAGGGUGGGCUGAUCACCCCUUCACGAAUGUCCGCCGAUGCCGAGUUUGACAGCAGCAAUGACCAAAGCAGUGACCUACUGGACCUGGAACUGACCGGUCAUGGUUUCAACCAUCGACACACGGUUACGAUCGAGAGUGCCUCGAUGCCGCUUGGUGUCCGCUCGGCGAUCGUGGCCAGUGCCUGUAUUGUGGGAGUCUCACUAGCAAUCUUUGCACUGAUCUUUGUUGUCUGUCGGUGGCGACAGCGACGGAGGAACAAACUGAACUACACGGAAAAUUUCAACAUGGCCAAGGGCCAACUACCGAACAUGCACAACGAAGGGCUUAAGACGCCACUGAACGAUCAGGUGGUGUACACGACGGGCCAACAUAUGCAGCAGAUGCCUUUCCAGCGGAAGGAUAGCAAGGUGAACGCGAUGGAUCCGAACUCCCAGGAGGUGCAGGACUAUCUGUGGGAUACGAUGCGGAAGCCGUUUCAGUAGAUAGCGGGGCUACGAUGGGAGUCGCGAAUGUGUAGAACGCCAUAGGUACCGAGGAGGAGUUUGUGAAUACAGCACCCGGGUCCAGCGGACCGUGAAACAUCACUCUAAGCUUUCCACACACACUCGCCCACACACAUACCCAACCCUACGACGCUAAUGCCGAUGCUCUGCUGCUGUGCUUUUCACGAAGGAAAGGAAAACUCUCUUCACACCACUGCCGCCGCCGCCGCCGUUGCCGUCGCCGUCAUCACCACCGUACCAUGAUCAACACCUUACUUACCUGUCCGUAUCUGCUAUUGUUAUUACGAGUUUACUAAUUGAUAAUAAUCACCAUGUUAUGGAUAUGGGCCUUGCAUGUAUCCGAGCGUGAUCGAAGAUCGAACGAAGCGGAUGCAUUCCCUAAAUGAUGCUGCACAUGCGAGACGAAACAAAUUUCCACUUUUCCACAUACUGAGAGGGCAGACGGAGGUGGAAUUGGUAGAAACAAAAAAAUGAAAACCACAGAUGAUGAACGAAGUACAUAUCUAACAGACAUCUUUGCCUACGAUAAUGCAGUUUAGUUCGAUCGAUCUACAAACUUCCCCUUACUUCGAACAACGAAACACGGAUUUGAAUGUUUCAUCUUGGUAAAUGUGUGUAAGAAAAUUAUGCGAAAGGGGGAAAAGAAUGCAAAACAACACCAGAAAAAAAUACAAAACCGAUUGUUAAGAUACUAGCAGAGUAAGUUUCAAUUGUGCAAUAUACAUAAACGGUAAGAAGGAAAGAAGAAUACAAAUGGGCGAAGUAGCAUUGCACAGGUAGCAUGUCUAAACCAGAAAGCAGAAACAGCGAUACAUUUUAAAUUAGUGCUAACGAUAAUUUAUAAUUAGCAAGUAGUGGUAGUAGCCAUUCAUGUAAGCUCACUAGCCGUAUGGUAGUUUAAGGAUUACUUGAUUAGGUGCAAACAAAACUUAUAUCAAGGCUCUGUUUCGUCAAGGCACCGGUAUUUAUGUGUAAGAUAGCAACUUUAAAUCCUGUCACAAAAAAAGUAGAGGAAAGUUCAGAAAUGCAAUAUUGAGGAAUAAAAUUUAGCUUUAAGCUUGGACCGACGAAUCUUCAUUAAUUAAUUAUUCAGCUCAUCAUUCCCGUACCGGUCUCUUCCAGUGUUAAUGGUUUUAUUUAUUAAAUUAGCCCCAACAGAGUUCAAUUGUAUUUAAACGCGCAGCAAUAAUGUAGCAAAUACACAGAAAUAGUGUAAACAAAUCAUGAGUCUCGUUUUCCCCACGGAAAGAGGGUUAAAUAAAGUUGAAAAAUGAAAGAAAAAAAAAUUGAUUAUUCUUUUAUUUUCACCACAAUGCCCGAAAUAAGUUCAACGUAUACAAUAAAAAUCAUAAAAUAGUAAUU